AUGUGUAUGCGUAGGAAGAAGGAUGGAAACGUAGCAAAUCGUGUUAGUAGCGGCGGCGAUAUAUUCAUUAAAAUUUUAGUAUGUUCUUCUGAUGGUCACCAGUUAGAUCCUGAGAGUACGGCCACAAAGAGAGAGAGGCCAAAAACAAAGAUCCAGAAGAAGGAUAGAGAGAGAAGCUAUCUAUGGCCGCCGCCGCCGCUACGGCAGACAAGGAAUCCUUUUCUAGUCGAGGCUCUCCAGAAUCCUCGUCACCGUCUCACCAUAUUGAGGAUGGAGCUCGAUAUUCAAAAGUUCUUUCAAAGCCCUGACCAGCUUCAGUUCGAGUUCCCGCCUUUUCCAACGUCAUACCUUCGUCUCGCUGCGCAUCGAGUCGCUCAGCACUACGGACUAGUCACCACGGCUCUGGACAACGGUGCCGGCGCCUUAGAUGGAUCCGACAACAGAAUCUUGGCGACGAGAACAGCCGAGAGCAGGUUUCCUCACGUCUGCUUAUCCGAAAUUCCGGUUAAGCAGCCGGAGGACGGUAGACCGGAGGGGUUCAAGAUCGCGAUCAAGGCUAGACCCACCAAGAGAGGAUCUGGCUGCGGAGGUGGCGUGUCAGGUGUGCAGCAGAGUCUUCAGAGAAGCGUUGAGGAGAGGAAAGAGGAGUAUGAUAAAGCUAGGGCGAGGAUCUUUAAUAGUCCUAGCAGUUCUGACUCUGAAGACUCUUCGUCUCUACAAGCUCCUCCUCUUGAAGGGAGUAACACUUGUGUAAACCGGAAUGAACCUGAGGUUACGGCGGUUAACAAUAAUACUUCCCGAGUUGCUAUUAUUAGAGAUAGAGAGAAAGAUCGGUAUGAUCCGGAUUAUGACAGGAGCUAUGAGAGAUAUGUCGUGGAUCCUGCAUACAGGUACGUUAGAUUUAUGCCGAAUCCGAUGCCAAUGCACAUGCCGUUUCACGAUGGGGGUUUCUUGCAGAUGCCAAGAGGUCAUCAAGCUAAUCUACACUACGGGCAUCCUCCGGCUAUGAGUCCCUUUAUUAAUAGCCCGGUUGGUUAUACACCGUGGCCGAACUCACCAGCUAUGAACUAUGCGCAGUCAUUGCACGGUCCAGACACACAUCUUUUCAGGCAUCCUUCUGCAAGCAAUCCCUGACGACAGGUAGUGUUCUGAGUACAAUGUCUGUAUGAAAAGAAAAAAGAAACAGAUUCUAUAGAUGUUAGCCUUUAGGAGCUCUCUGUUGUGUUGUUCCAAACAAUUGGCUGCUUCUUUCUUAUAUAACAAGACAUCUACUCUCUCUCUUUUUGUAUUUCUUUCUUAAUUAUAUCAAUAUCGAACUUUAAAUGACC